AUGAAUCAUACUGAUAGUAUGGACGAUAAUAAUUCAGUACAAUGUGCACAUAAUUCGUUUACAUCUCCAUCAUGUAAUUUAACUGAUCUGCAAAGUCAACCAACUACAAGCAUAUCACAUUUGUAUUCGGAUACCAAUACAAUGGCAACUUUGUUAACUAAUCAAUAUACACAACCUACAUAUCCAUCAUAUCCGACUUGUUAUCGUUGCUAUACAAUUCUUUAUAUGAAUUGCUUUACUUCUAUCAAAUGUGGACGAUAUUGUUGUCAACAAUAUACUCAAACUUGUUUCACAUCGAAUCCAGUUUUUUGCGAAUAUUGCAUGAUUAACGAAGCUCUUUCAAAUAAUCGAAAAUGA